ACAGUAUGACCACCAGGAUUUCCACGUUACUUCAUAUUGUUUUUAUGUACUCUUUGCUAUGGAAUCUACGAUGGUGGUGAUUGAAGACUCCGGUGCUUCUGCCUGAUAAUUUCGAGGCAGCCAGGAUAAGGCUGUUUUGUAUUGGGUGAGACUGCCUGGAACAAGAUUUCAAUAGGUAUAUCAUGAUGACAAACGUAAAAAGCAAGAUGAAAAAAGCACGAUUGAUGAUGAUGAUAAAGCCACUAGCGAAGAGGAUCCUCUAUACUUUGAAGAAGAACAUGAAAUGGACGUAGUAAGCAAAGAAAGUGAACAUGAAAUAGAAGCAGAAGAUGAAGAAAGUUCAAAUGAAAAGGAAGUUGAAGAUGAAGAUAGUAUGAUUGAAGAUGAUGAUGAUGACAAGAUAACUAAAAAAAAAGCUUCGAUGAAUGAAAUAAAAAACAUGAACAGUGGCAAUCUACAAUUAUAUGGAAUGAAAAGUGAAUCAAACCCAUUUCAGAUGAUACGUUUGGACGCAGCGUCUGAGCAAGCAAUAACCAUAUACUGCAAACAAGAUGUUUGGAAUAGUGCAGUCGGCGGGAGCUGUUGCAAAGCUUCACAUCUAGCACGACGUCUCAUAGAGGGUAUUUUUACUGAUGAUGCUUUAAUGAAGUGUACGUAUUCUGGACAACCCCCUCGUGCUCAAGGCAAGGCACGAAUGUUAGAGCAAGUUUAUUCUCUCGAUAAGCAAACGAAAGAAUCUUUCAUAUUAUUUUGUCAAAAAUAUGGUGCUACAAAUGGCUGGGCUAAACACGAUGACAAAAAAAUUAUAGAAGCAAUAAGCCAAAGACUUGGAGAAAUAAAAAAAAAACUGAGAAAUCGUAACUCAAUUAUAUAAGAUCCUGCAACUGACAUUUAGUUUCACCGCCAUCAAACUUUUUCAACUUGCAAAAGUUUUCUUUUUUUUUCGUUUUGGAUUUUCUGAAAACACAGUUGAUCUGCA